AUGGCGUGGCCGGAUUUAGACAAGUUACUACGAGCCCAUUAUACACCAACCGUCUCAUGCCUUAUCAAGCGACACGAAUUUUACAAGCGCGACCAAAAGGAAGAUGAAAGCAUCAGAGAUUCUGUCGCAGCCCUAAGAGACAUUGGAGGAGCGUGCGAAUUCCUAAACAUGGACGAGGCUAUGAGGGACCGCGUGGUUCUUGGAUUAAGAGACCUUACACUACAGAGCCGACUACUGACCAGACCCAAAAUAACAUUGACCGAGGCAAUAGAAGAAGCCACCACAGCAGAAGCAGCACAAAGAUUAGCAGCCACCAUGCGACAGAUGAAUAAAGUAACACAGGAAACCCUGAAAGACACUAACCAAGCUCAAAACAAGAAGCAAGAGGAGACUCAAAAAACCAUCACCACGACAUACCAUGAGGACAUUGAAUCCCUAUCCGAAACUGAUGAGGAAGAAGAAGAAGUAAAUCAACUUCGCAGCAAAGCAAUGGAUCCUGUAACUGGUGCACACAAAGGGAUCUUGUCCAUCAUAGUCCUUCUUAGUUCAUGCGGGCUGCUUACAUCAGGAACCUUCUUGCCAAGAUUGCAUUCCCUAGGCAGGCUUUGGUUUGGGAAGCAUGACGUCUCUCAAUAUCCUGGGUUAGAGAGCAACAUUGACCUUAAGGCUAACCUUCUUCCGUGGGGCAUCUAUACACCAUCCAUCACCCUGCAGGACUGGAGUCUCAAAUGGAUGUCUUCAGAUGUCACAGCCUCACAAGAUGAUGGCAAUCAUGACGAAAGACAGAACAAAAAAAUCCAGCGAUGGGGUUUAGCAAGAAAAGAAGCAGUACCUGCUGGGAACCAAAUGGGGGCAGUAGAUUUAACUGGAUGGGUGCCAGGCUGGCGUGAGAAGCGGAGUAUUGUGGUAGCAGAUGACGCAGCUUUCCGAGAGAAAAGUAAGAUGUUAACCGCGAUGGAGAGGCAGAAGUGGCUCAACUCUUACAUGCAAAAGUUUUUGGUGGUAAACUCAGAUUAA